AUGUCGGAGACGGAGCCAUCUGUACUAUGUAAUCUCAUCACAACGAUUCUCUAUCUGAUCCCUCUUACCGUCGCUCUUCUCGUCAUCCCAUUCAAAUUGAUAUCAGAUACACGGAGAAAAUCAAAGACAAUCGGAUUCUUCCAUCCGUACUGUAAUGCAGGCGGAGGUGGUGAACGAGUGUUGUGGGCGGCGAUACGGACGAUGCAGAAAAAAUACCCGACUCACAAAUAUUAUGUCUAUUCUGGAGAUACCGACGCCACGAAGGAACAGAUUCUUCUGAAGGCUCGACAGAGAUUUGGUAUCGAGUUGGACCCGACGAAUAUCGAAUUUAUUUAUCUGAACUGGCGUUCACUGGUCGAAGCUCAUCACUACAAACAUUUCACAAUGCUCUUCCAAGCACUCGCUGGACUCGCUUUGGCACUUGAAGCAUGGUGUCACCUGGUUCCAGAAGUAUUCAUCGAUUCGAUGGGUUAUCCACUAUCACUCCCUGCAUUCCGUAUGGCUGGAAGUAAAGUUGUCGCCUAUGUUCACUAUCCGACGAUUUCAUGUGAUAUGUUGGAUGUUGUCGAGUCGAGACAAGAGACUUUUAAUAAUUCAAGCACUAUUGCGCAGAGUAACUUUUUGUCGUGGGCUAAGCUCGCCUACUACCGUCUCUUUGCACUUCUCUAUUGGUUAGCUGGAAAGGCGGCGCACGUUGUGAUGGUCAAUGGAAGUUGGACACAACGACAUAUCACUUCAAUUUGGUCUCGACGCGAUGUAAGCAUCGUCUAUCCGCCGUGUGAUGUUGAAGCAUUCUUGAAUAUCGAAUCGGUCGCCGAGACUUUACUAGAAGAGACAAAAACGGUCCGCCUCCUAUCCGUCGGUCAAAUUCGUCCGGAAAAGAAUCAUAAACUACAGUUGGAAGUGUUGGCAGAUGUGAAGGAACCAUUGAAAAAGAAAGGAUACAAAGUGGAAUUAUGUAUUGCUGGUGGAUGUAGAAAUGAAGAAGAUCAGGAGAGAGUGAAAUCAUUGAAAAAAGAAGCGAAGGAAAUGGGAAUUGAUGAGCAAUUAGUAUGGCAAUUGAAUGUUCCCUAUGAGGAUUUGGUCGCCGAGUUGUCGAAAGCCUUAAUCUCAAUCCACACAAUGCACAACGAGCACUUUGGAAUCUCGGUUGUCGAAGCGAUGGCCGCGUCUACAGUAAUCCUUUCGAACGAUUCGGGCGGUCCGAAAAUGGAUAUUGUCAAGGAUUUCGAGGGACACUGUGUCGGAUAUCUGUCGAUAACACGAGAAGAAUAUGCGGAGACAAUUCUGAAAAUAGUUGAAGAGGGAAAACGGAAAAGAGAUGAUAUUCGGAAGUGGGCGAGGAAGUCGUUGACACGAUUUGGAGAGAAUGCUUUUGAGGUUCGAAAAUGA